AUUUAUCUACAGAGCCCAGCCACAGCCUACGUUUCCCGGCCUCCUGGCUCCUCCACGGUUUCUUCUUGGCGGAUCGGGCCGGCGAGUGGUUCAGCACAACCAUUUUCCAAUCAUGCGUCCCGAUGCUGGCGCCGCCUACGCGAUCUGAUCCAAUCUUAUCCCUUGUGGGGCGGGAAAGCGAAGUUCCUACCUGCACCUGUAACAGCGGUUGCCGCCUGCUGGUUCUGGAGGGUGUGUGUGUGUGUGUGUGUGUGUGUGUGUGUGUGUGUGUGUGUGUGUGUUUCUACCCCCUGCCCUGGGGUUCUGGUUUCUCGAAUCACUUGGCGAAUAACCAGCAGGUGGGCAGAUGUCUUUUCCCGCGCCAAGUGGGCAGCGGACGCCCCAGCUCCCAGCAGCUCCCGGGAUACACAAUCAGGAAAGAGUGUCGAGCCGAGAAUGAAAGGCUACUAACCGGGAAAGCCUGCCUGGCAUUCACCUGGGCAGCGAGCCUGGUAUCCACUCGCCGCGGUGCCCUCUUGUCGGAGUACACAGCCCGGCAAGCCCUCCAGCCGCCACCGCCCACCGCAGCAGCGAGCAGAAGUUGAAAGCGUCCUGGAAGAUCAGCAGCCGCAUUUAGCUUAGCUAGGGUGCGGAGUUUUUGGCUAGCACACUUCCAGAAAGAAGCCCGGUCUCCUCAAGACAGCAGAGGGACGCCGCGUCCGGGCUUCUAAUUUGCUGCGAGCGAGCCAUCUCUGGGCGGCCGGCGCAGCGCGAAGUCUCGGGGGUCGGAAGAAGCCCGAGCAGGUGAGCAGUUAGAGUGACUCUGCGUCAGCCAAAGCAGACCUUGGCGCCGGGGUGUCACUCUGGGGUGCUCGCCGGGCUCCUGAGAAGUUAUGAGCUACAAGCGAUCUGUGUACAUUGGAUAAUUUGCAAUCUUUUCUUUGCUCAAUUCCUGAAAAGCCCUUCCUUGCACACAAAGUCGAUGAUGGAGAAGAAAGUGUAGGGUAGAAGACAGAAAGCAUCAUCAGGACCACCCCACUAACACCACCAGUAAAUAAUUUGGGGUGUUUUUCUGAUCUGAAAGUAGGAGGGGGCAGGGUGUUUGCAAACCCAGCUGCCAACUGCCUGAGGGUUGUGGGAGCCUUCUGCACGGGAAGAACUUUGGGGAGUUUUUCCUUACAUUGUUUUCAAGUCGCUGCACUAGUGUCCUGAGAAGGAGCGGGUGCCGCUGUCUCUGAGCCCAGGCUGCCGCGCCGCCUAGGGUAGAAAAUCAGACUUUUCUCUCCCUGCAAUUCCGGUAGGAGGACCCCCAGCAAACCGAGCUGAAAUGUUGCUCUCUGGCGCGCAAGCGAAUGCCAGGAGUGCUGGGCUCCAAGGAUACAAGGAAACUUAGCAGAAGCUCAGAAAUGAGUCGCGCGGAGCAAGUAAAUCCUGAGCUUUCAGGCAGUUAGUGCCAGAUAGACCCAGCACAGACCUUUAAUGCUAAUGCUAAUGCUAAUAACAAUAACAACUUUAAAAACCCUUUUCGCUCCGCAGAGGGCUAUUUUAAAAGCUGGGAAGAAAGAGAUUGUUUUGGAGUUCCCGGUUGCUCACUCCUUUAGGCGAGAGAAGUGCGCAAGAAAAAUAACCACCUUUAAUUUGUCAACUAAAAUCUUAAGAGUGCCCUGGUGCAAACAGACUUGGUGCAUAUUUUAACACAGCAGUAAGAGGGAAGGCGGUUUACCGCUUGGACUACUCUCAACCAUCAGCUGGGGUUAGCUUCAUAGAGAUGCAAAAUUGCUCUCAAGGCUGAAAGAAAGAAUGGAGUGGAGACUUGCAAGGAAAAUUACGUCUAGACGUACUUCUCUGAGAGUCAUAAGGCAGGAAUUAUGCCCAAAGCACCAUGUAAAGGAGACCAAGCAAAACACCAUGAGCUUGUCCUUCACUCUACUGGCAUGUAAAUUCCCGGGAAAAUCACAUCGAAAAGGAUCGCGAAAUAAUGGUCUAUGGAGCGAAAAUGUUUGUGGGAAAUUUCGAUGCUUUUUGAUGGAGGUCUAAUGAUUACUGUUCACCUAUAGCGCAAGGCAACUCGUUUGCUUCUGGCGCUCUCCCAGGUGCAUCCUCGAGGAGGCCGUCCUGGGCCGGGUGUCACCUUUGGGUGUCCUUCGACAGCCAGGCAGAGUGACAGAACAGGCCGUCGCCCUCUUGGGUCCGGGUAAUCCAUAUCCCCGAGAACUUACCCUGGUUACUCCACAGGCGCGGACCUCUGCACUUCCCCUGGUGGAAAGUCAAGGGUUGAGGCCCGGAUUGCCAAGAUUGAACCAUGAAACCAGUUGGUGGCGCCCUGGAGGGCACGCGUCCUCCGGCAACCCCGCGCGCGCUGUGGUGCUAGGUGGGGGCUGCGGUUCUUGGCUUCUUCCAGCGCUCACUCCGGGGCCGAGCUGCUGCCAGUGGAGGGAAGGGAAGGCGACGGGAGUGGGGGGCGCAUGAUUUCGAUCAACCCGGUAACCAAGUUUUGUGUUCUUCCCUGGCACAGGGCGCCACCAGGGCUUCCAUCCAGAGGGCCUCCGGUGAGAAGCCGGCCAAGGUGUUGCGUGGACGCCAGAGACCAUCCCGAGAAAGGGGCCGCAGCUGAGGCGCUUCCACACCCGGGGCGUCCAGGGCCCACGGCCGGCUGGCCAUGGCCGACAGCGGCGGCACGGGCAGCUCCAGCCCCUGGUGGAAAUCGCUCACUAACAGCCGGAAGAAAAGCAAGGAAGCCGCCGUGGGGGCGCAGCCUCCGGCUCAGCCUGCCCCCGGGGAGCCCGCGCCGCCCAGCCCGGACUGGAGUAGUAGCUCCCGGGAGAACCAGCACCCGAAUCUCCUUGGAGGCGCCAGCGAGCCCCACAAGCCAGACAAGUUGUGUGGGGAGAAAUCGGGCAACAGUCGUCGAAAUUUGAAGAUCUCGCGUUCGGGUCGCUUUAAGGAGAAGAGGAAAGUGCGCGCCACCCUGCUCCCCGAAGGAGUCAGGUCUCCGGAGGAGGCGGGGUUCCCUGGCGACCCCCAAGAGGACAAACAAUAGGCGGUUGCUGCGUAAAAUUGUCUCUCUUCCUCACCCCCCACUCCCACCCCUUCCCAACAACCCACCCCUCCCCCUUCUAAACCCGGGAAUUUUGACGGGCCCCUGUACUUGGUGUCUAAUUUCACGAAAUUCAGACUAUUCCUACAAGCCCUCCGCCGUUUUCUUUUCCUGGAAAUUAAAGCGUCAUUUGAGUUUUCAGUGUUCCAGGACUCAAGGAUGCAUUAACUGUGGUACGAGAAGAUAGUUGCCACAGCAGAAGUGGGCAUCAUUUUUUUUUCUUUCUUUCAGAAAGCUGUUCUGUGGCUUUCACAGGUUGUAUAACUUGUGGGAAUAAGAAGGCUUGUUUCCUAAGAGAUGGUAGCUGAACUGGAACUUCGCAGCCCCUCAUAUCAGGAAGGCAUUCUCUGAUUCAGGCCACUUUAUUGUGAAGCAAAUCACAGCGCUGUUUUCAAUGUCUGAAAUAUGCACUUUAGAAGUACUUCGGUAGAUUUUAUACCUUAAGGGAAGGGCUAGGAGACAGCAAAAGCUUUCUUAAGUAGAAUUUAAGUAAGGCAAGUUUGCUCUUAAUGUUGAACUACAAAACUCUGCCACCCAUUUUAGUGUGGAUUAUUAAAAUUGUUGCACUGUAAGAGUUGUUGACUUUUGUAUUUUUUUUUUCCAUUGCAAGACUGAAGCAUACUUAAAAGCAUACUUAGCAGGCAUGCAAAAUCCGAGGUGACAGAGUUAAUCAUUUGCCACACAACAGCUACUCUGGGAAAGCUGCAGGGAGAAGAACAUUUCUAGAAGCCAGCUACACCCAGACUAGAAUCAAUUAGUCAGCUUUCCCUAUUACUAACCAAGUAAGAGAAAGGAAGGGAGAGGUGCUAAUUCACUUGUCCCAGUUCUUUUUUUACUUGAGUGCAUCUUCCUAGAGUAAGUCACAGUCACAAUGCUAGUAAUAAUUCUCAGUGCCUGUUGUUCACCUUUCUAACAAUGGUCCAUAAAUACUCAGACAAAUAAACUGAAUUCUAUUAACUUGUGCAAAACUGGUUUUCUCCUCACCCUUUGUUUCAAAAGCUUAUUUCCUUAAUCUAAAGUAUGCAUUUACUUAGUUUCAAAGCCUUUAUGUCUCUGAACCUGAAGUUUCUUAACAAAAAUCUACCUGUUUGCUUUACAUUAUAAACUUCAAGCAAGUAAAAGAGUAAAUGAAUACUACUUUAUUCCAACACACAUACAAGAGCAUUGUUGUAGUUGUAAAGAGCCACUGGGAUAUUUUCCCACAAUUCAUUUCAUUUAUAAACGUCCAGAAAUGCAUAGUAAGGAAAUUAUAGUGAGCAGUGUGUGUGUGUGUGUGUGUGUGUGUGUGUGUGUGAAGAUACAUAUAUAUUUAGUUAAUCACAGACAAGAAUUUGAUUGAAACUUUGAAACCCACCAUAUAGACAUUCUCUUGAAUUAGAAAUUCAUAAAAUAACAAGAGGUUGAUUGUCUAUAAAGAUUUAAUAAAAAAAUUGAUGGAAAUGGCAAGGAGAAAUUUAAAUUAGUGAAUCAAACUUGGGUUUC